ACGAGCAUAAAGUAGUCUUCUUGCAUCCUGAAUCCGUACCUUCUACCUGCGUCUUACAGUUACAGAUGGCUUCAGCCCUUCUUCCUCUCUCGCCCAUCCUCUGGGUGAAUUCACUGUCUCCGUUCACGGAGUGGGUACGCGGUUCGAGGAUCCCGUUUCGGUCUCUUUCCUUGAGAAACUGGUCGACGAAAGUAGGAAAACAAGGCAGAACUACAGUUCCGAUUUGCGGUGCGGCUCCCCUCGUCUUCCAUAACCUCGAAGCUGAUGAUUUCCGGCAUCCCUUAGACAAGCAGAACACUUUGCUUUUGAGGAUGAUUCCAGGACUGAAUGAACUAGUCAAAGCUUUGUUAGGUUCAGUUGCAGAGCAGGUUAUGCUUCUCGAAAAUAUAGGAACAUCUGUGCUUGUUUCUGAAAAACAGCUAUCUGAUAUUUAUCUGCUGUUGGUGGAGGCUGCCAAGGUAUUAAACAUAGAACCUCCUGAUCUGUAUCUCCGUCAAAAUCCUGUCCCAAAUGCAUAUACUUUGGCAAUCAGUGGCAAAAAACCAUUCAUUGUUGUCCAUACAAGCCUUGUAGAGCUUCUUAGCAGAAAAGAGUUGCAGGCUGUUUUGGCUCAUGAACUUGGCCAUUUGAAAUGUGACCAUGGCGUGUGGCUUACUUUUGCUAACAUCUUAACACUGGGAGCUUACAGUGUACCUGGAUUUGGUGGGAUUAUAGCUCAGAGGUUGGAAGAACAGCUAUUGAGAUGGCUUCGAGCUGCUGAACUGACUUGUGAUAGAGCUGCACUUCUUGUUGCUCAAGAUCCGAAGGUUGUCAUCUCUGUUCUGAUGAAACUCGCCGGAGGAUCUCCUUCUCUUUCAAACCAGCUAAAUGUUGAUGCUUUCUUGGAACAAGCUCGUUCAUAUGACAAGGCUUCUUCAAGCCCAUUUGGAUGGUACAUAAGGAAUGCUCAAACAAGUCAGUUGUCCCAUCCUUUGCCUAUAUUCCGCGCUCGAGAAAUAGACGAGUGGUCCAGGAGUUCAGAGUACCAGUCCCUAUUACAAAGGGCAAUGCAAAAUAAACGCUCUCAGAGAGUAUAGAUUUAACUGCAAACUCCAUCAAAGACGGGGCCAUGGAGGCCUGUGCGUGUAUAUACACACAACAAAAAAUACAUCUUCAGAUGCUGGGGCACAUAUAUCUGCAGGUUGGUGAUUAAUAUUAUAAACAUCUCUGCAUCGAAAACAUAUAAAUUCUAACAUUGUAUUGUAUCUGAGAAAAAUGUCAAAAUGGUCCCUGACUUUUUAUAAAUCAUCAUUUUUAGUCCCAGAGUUUAUAAAAGUGUUAAGUGUCCAUUCAAUCCCCAUACUCUUUACAUAUGGGCUGAAAUAAGAGUGGAUUAAUUUGACGUUUUUAUCUUCAUAAACUCCAGGAUUGAAGUGACCCUAAGUAAAUAGUCAGAAGAUUAUUUUGAUACUUUACUUCAUUGUAUAUAUAUUAACUGCUGUGAGAGUGGUAUGUAGAUGCAGCUGCUUGAUAGCUUUGCCAAUAUCAAGCAGUGAAUGAUAUGAAAUUUCGUUUUGUCAUAUGAGUGCCUUAGAUAUGACCUUA